UGCUGCUGCCUCUUUCCACAGAUGUCUACCUGAAUGAGCGUGAGGCAAUCCUGGAUACACUUCGGGCCAGAAGGAACUGGCCCUGCAGACGAAGGCAGAUGAGAAGCAGGAGGGUGCCCAGGCAUGCGCAGCAGGAUGAGCGGCGCAGAACUAGAUGGGGGCUUCCUGGAGAAGGAGGCAGCCAUCAAGAGCCGGUCCCUCCACCCCUUCUCGCCCAAGACCGCCUCAGGGAACGGCCCCGAGGAUACGCGACCCAGGACCACUGCAGGGCCUGCAAGCAAGGACAACGACAAGGCGCUGCCCAGCCCCUGGACCCCAUCACUGACUCCGGAGGCCGAAGCCCCCAACCGGGAGAAGCCGUCGCGUACAGCGAUCCACCCACUGCGCAUGUCAGCCGGUAUGCGCAAGCGCGUCUCUGCUCCAGGGCUCUGGGCCCCAAGGGGAAGCAUCACGCACUGUGAGCGCUGCGCGUGCGCCGUGACCCACCACACCCUGAGCUGCUGCGUGCCUCGCGCCGUGCUGCAGUCCCCCGGGGCCAAGGCCGCCCUUGGGCCCACGGAGUAGCUGACUUGGAAGGACAUAUUGGACCCCAAAACGGACGGUGACACCAUUGUGCCACAGUGGGGCGACUUGGGCUUCGGGGCUCCUGAAUGAAGCUGUGGGCCGACAGCUCGCGGCCGGUGGUGCACGCCUGCAUGAGCAAGAGACCGCAUAAACGGCCUUGGACGUGACUGACUGGGUGGCACCUUCAUGCUCCCAGCACUGGAGCUGUGGGGACGCGGCGGUCUAGGAGGCCGGGCCAUGCACUCUGCAGUGACUCCGGUUUGAAGGCGUGGGCUAAGCAUGCUUAAUGUGGUCUCACUUUAAGAGUAAAACCUGAAUUGAACGCGUACACACAGACGCAAGGAUCACUGUGGACUAGUGAAGAAUUUACGGUUCUGUGAUGGGUUGUCCUGUUAUCAUUUUUUUGGUUUGGUUUUUACGUGGAAAACGUGACAUUUUCAGGGAGGAGAGCCUGGAUAGGAGGGACAUUCAGGAAAGAGGAAUCAAAACAAGACUGGAAACUCCCCUAAAUGUUCAAGCAUCUCAAAACACACGGAGGCAGCAGCAGCGGAGAGAUCAAGGCAGGCUUUCCCGAUUGGCAGUGCUCCCAAGAAGCUGAAGUACUUCACCAAGAGGCACGGUGGCUAGUAACACAGAAACUGGUUUGACAGGAUAAUGCUGAACCAUCGAAGAUGACGAAGAUGACGGAAAGAUAAAGGAUGUGGAUUUCAGGAGCUGAAAAAGCGAGCAGCAGUUUUCUCUCUAGAAUUUAGAGGUUUUUAGAGCUACGUGGGAUCGUAGGGGGAUUUUUACAUUACUUCAAAAAGGGCUAGGCUCUGGGAGUUGUACAAACUGAAAACAUACAGAUUUGGACUGUUGAAAUGAGAAGCUGUUAUUAGGUCCUCUUCUUUGUGGGUCUGCUUUGCGAUGAUUAUUAUAACCACAGAGGAGACAACAUUUUCCAGCACUUUGUUAUUUUUUAGUGUUCUUUCAUCCGACUAUCUUCAGUUCAGUAUAGCUCGGCUUCAGUGAACAUUACAGAAUUUUGCUGAAGAUUUUAGUUGCAAUCAAUCAAAAAGCCUUUAUUAAGUCCCAUAUACUCAGACCACUGUACUGGAUACUCCAGAGAUCAGAUUACAUACAUGAUACAAGCUCUCAAGUGGCUCAUCAUUCCAAUAAUUCACAUACAAAAUGGUUCAACUAUUAACUCGGAGCCUGAGCAGCCUGAGAUCAUGUGUUUAGUACUUUAUGCUUACACUGCAGUUUCCCUGGCUUAACACUGAGGAUAUUUUAGAGCAUCUCAAGUUAUUAUGAGCCUGGAAACACCUUUUCAGUAGGAACACCAAAAGCCAUAGUUUUUUCUCCCCCCACCCCGACCUUAAAUCUCCAGUAAUAGCCAGUCACAUAUAUGCCACCAAAUAAUCUUCAUGAGUAAAUCAGAUGGCUGUAAAUGCACUGCAUAAAAGAUUACUCCUAAUAAACUGAAAUAGGUCUUUCACAUGAUAACAGCUGUUGUCUGCGAUGAAAUAAAAGCCAGAGCUCUCUCACCCUCAACUCUGAGUCCAGUACCACCUCCCUGACCCAUUCCUAUGUGUGCCUUUUCGCCAACUUCUUCCUUGUCUCUACGUGAUCACCAGCCACAGGCAGAAACUGAAACUUCCCUUUUUGAAAGUGAAAAGCAUCAAGGGAAGCUCUUGGUACUCCCCCUCUUCGGUGUCUUUCUGUUUUCUUCCCAAGUGUAAGCUUCUGGAAUCUUUAAGUCUCUGAUAGUAACAAUUUCUCCUUGGUUCUUACGGGAGGAAUUGCACAGGAGGUAAGAGAGAGCAUAGUACAAUUACUCAACACUGAAUCAUUUUGUUCAAACCUAAACCACCCUCAUUGUGUAUUGUUUUUUUAUUAACUUGUCUUAUUUUUUAUUCUUUUUAAUUUACAUCCAAAUUAGUUAGCAUAUGGUACGACAAUGAUUUCAGGAGUAGAUUCCUUAGUGCCCUUUACCCAUUUAGCCCAU